AUGAAAAUUGAUAUCAAAAGAAUAUUCAUUAUUAUAUCAAUUAAUAAUAUUUCUUUGAUAUUUGCAACUACUUAUGAUCUACCAAAUUGUCCCGAUCCUACCGAAAAUACGAAAAUCAAAUCACCUCAAAAAGUGAAUGUUAUUUUUAUUAUUGGAUUUGAAGCUAGUGCACCUGAUGUGAGUUUGGAUACAGAAUAGCAAAAGUAGCUCCUAAUUUAGUAUCAUCUAAGCCAAAUUGAUUCAUCCAAAAUGCAUUAAUAAAAUCAAAAACUAACUGAUUGUAAUUACAGAAAGACAAAAUUGCCUAUUUUGUCAAUCAAUUUGCUUGUUGGUUUCCUACAAAUCCACAAAUCAGCUCAGCUGUUUUUGAUAGUUCUGGCAACAGCAAUUCCCAUUUUGAUAACACCGAAGUGAAGGAAAUGCAUAAGAAGAUGAGAAAAUUGAAUAAUGGUGUGUUGUGUGAUAUUUCAAUUUCUUAAUUUAAUUAUUUAAAACUAUUUUCAGCUGAAAAAGCAGCUGAUUGUGCAAAGUUCAAAAAAGCUCUUGCUACUAUCAAUUUCAACGGCCAGCCAGACUUUGACAAAGUCAAAAUUAUCACUCAUGCUGAAAUAAUAUCUGGCUCGAGUUGUGAUCACUUCCAAGCAUUUAAGGAUUCUCAAAUGGACAGCUCGAGAUACGAAAUGUUUCAAAUUGUUUUUUCAGCUGAUUCGAAUCCAAACAAACUUUCGUAUCCGGGAAUUGGUUCGAUUAACACUAGUCAGUUUGAUUGUACCUGGAUUUUCAAAGCGCUGAUCCUUGAAAGCUAGGAUUUCUAGACUCCGCUACUUGUUUUAGAGGAUCUCUAGGAGCAGCUGCUUGUCAGCGUGAAUCUCUAGAUGCGAGUCCUAGACAAUAAGAUUCUAUAGGAGCAGCUACUCUGGAACUAGGCACUCAAGGCGCUGAUCCUUCUUGACAUCUGCACUUUCUAGGGUCCGCACCUUGAGAACUAGGUUUUCUAGGAGCAGCUACUUGAAAAUUUUUGUAUUUUCAGCAGCCAACGCCACCGAUGAAUUGAAGAAGAUCACUUCUGAUUUGUGAGUUUCUAACAGAUCUGAUUUUGCUGAGCAAACAUCGGAUCUGCUCCAAUUCCUAUGCAAAAUCCAACCCAAGGUUACUGUAGAAACCGAAAAUUGAUCUACCAAGUUUUUGGCCCACAAUCUACAGUAACCCUAGCCAUGUUUGGUCUCAAAAAGUUGCAAAUUUCAAAUUCUUUCAGUAUGGAUCGUGUCUUUGGUGUCUACGUCCCACCAACACCACCAACACCUCCACCAACAAAACCAUCUGAUGAAGGUGGAUUCCCGAGGUGGGCAAUUGUUGCCAUUAUUGCGGGUAUUUUGAUUGUCGCGCUGCUUAUUGCAUUGGUCAUCAUUUGCCGCAAGAAAAUCAAGAAGGUGUUCAAAAAGAAGGGACCACCACCAAUUGAAAUCAUCAAACCGCCGUGUAGAGCUGUGAGAUGGAUUAAUCCGGUGACUGGAAGUGCACACUCGAAUACACCGCCACGUGGAAUGGAAUAG